GAGAAGAGGCGUUUUUGCAUGUGCUUGUUUCUUCCAGAUGAAAAAGAUGGUCUGCCAGCUCUGGUUGAGAGAGUUUGUUCUGAGCCAGGCUUCUUAGAUCGCCAUAUUCCAUAUUUCAGAGACGAAGUGGGUAUCGUCAAAAUCCCAAAGUUUAAGAUUACUUCUUGGUUUGAAGUUUGGGGCAUUCUCGAGCAGUUAGGUUUGAAGCUUCCUUUCCACUUGACAGAGAUGGUGGAAGCGCCUCCGGGUCAGGACCUUUUUGUUUCCAAAAUGCUCCAUAAAGCCGUCAUCGAAGUUAAUGAAGAAGGAACG